ACCUCAAUAGCAGCAAAAAUGUUUUGCAAUACAAUAUGAACACAGUAAGUACAUUGUACUUAUUUUUGAUGUAAGUACAUAGUAGUUAAGGCCACCUAAUAUAAAGUGGGACCCAUGAUAGACAGAUAGAUAGAUAGAUAGAUAGAUAGAUAGAUAGAUAGAUAGAUAGAUAGAUAGAUAGAUAGAUAGAUAGAUCGAUAGAUAGAUAGAUAGAUAGAUAGAUAGAUAGAUAGAUAGAUAGAUAGAUAGAUAGAUAGAUAGAUAGAUAGAUAGAUUAAUUAUCUAUCUAUCUUAAUUUUAUUUUGCAUAUCUUGAAAGAUAUGUGUGAAUAUAAAUAUACAAUAUAAAAAUAAUGUGUAUAUAAAUAUGUAUAUGCAUACACACACACACACACAUAUAUAUAUAAUUUUUAUAUUGUAUAUUUAUUGUGUAUUUUUGUAUUGUACAUUUAUAAUAUUUUAUAUGUUUAUAUAAGAUUGCGGUUGGGAGGACAGCUAAGUAUCUCUACUGUGUAAAGUAUGAAGACUUCGGGACAAGCAGCAGUUGUGUCUGGUGUCUGGCAGAAUGAUGGUCGGUGAAGACGUGUCUGUUUUCGCCAUCAGCGAGCCUGGACCGAUGACGUAGCACAGGACGCUCCUCCAAUAGUGGAAGAGACGGCAGACUCACGCGCUACUUAAAGUCAAGCGGCUGAGCUGGAGAGUGAAAGUGCCAAUUACUUACCCCGAGGAAGAAGACGCUUUAUCCUUACCUUUAUCAGGAAUUUAGCAACGUAGAUGGCGGCUUCAAACAAGCAGUUGACGUCGUUUUUCAUAGAGGACAUUUUAUCCUUAAAAGAGGGUAAAAAAGAAGACUCCUGCCAAUCUGAGAGCGACAGAGCCGACAGCACAGACGGACGAACAGACUCGGAGGAUGUGUCGGUUUGUCGGAGCCCUGAGGAUAAAUCAGAGUCCGCGGAUUUGGCGGGAGGCGGCAGCGGCGGCGGCAGCGGGAAGAAGAAGCGGUCGCGCGCCGCGUUCACGCACCUGCAGGUGCUGGAGCUCGAGAAGAAGUUCAGCCGUCAGCGCUACCUGAGCGCGCCCGAGCGCGCGCACCUCGCGAGCGCGCUGCACCUGACGGAGACGCAGGUGAAGAUCUGGUUCCAGAACAGGAGAUAUAAAACCAAGCGGAGGCAGCUAACGACAGACUUUCACAAAUCCGACGCCACCGCUGUGGCUGCAGAAGAGGACUUCUUCAGAGCUUCACUUUUAGCGACGGUCUAUAAAUCAUAUCCAUACCGGCCUUGCGUGUAUGACUUGCACGGACUGAGUGUAUGGAGACCAGCACUGUGAUGGACAUUAACAUGGACUUUCUCAGAUUAUUGUGAAUAAUAUUCUUUAUUAUUAUGGUGAUUUUUUAAAGUGUUGUACAGCUUUGUAUUCUGUGAAAUAAAAUAUUUUUUUUUUCAAAGGUGCAUAUGUGUGUGUUGCAUCAUGAGCUACAGGCUCAAAGUAUUGUGGUCACUCCAAUGACAUUUUAUUCAAUCAUCCCCAUUUCAUCUUCACCUUUUUUUAUUUAAUUCAUAAAUUUAAGAAGUCCAGGGAAGUAUGAGCUUGCGCCUUCCAUCAUGAACAGAAAGCCACAUUUCUUUAUCUUGCAUUUAUCUCACUUAUGUUAACGUGAACUUGUGAAAUGCAUUUUUGCCUUAUCUGGUUAAACAGACUUAGAAUAGGCCUACUUCUGACCUUUUACUUUAAAACGACUGAGGAACAUAAAGAAUAUGGAUCUAAGUGAACUGUAAGAAAAAUAGUGCAACUAGCCUAUAUGCUAUAAUUCAUUUGCAUCGUUUUUAGCCAUUAAUUCACCAACACUUAAAUAGUUACAAAUUUGAGUGUGUUGGAAGCUCAUAGCCUACAUGUUUGUAAUAUGGCCUUCGAUGAGCUUAAUUUAACAUUUUUGUGUUCUCUGAAGUUGUCAUACUGUGGCUCUAAUGUUUUUUCAAUUGGAUUUCAGUAAAAGUGUUCACACAUACAUCAUUAUUCUUUCAAAAUAAUAGCACUUCCUAAUUCCUAAAAGCAGUCCAUUGUUUAACAAGGAUUGCAAUUAUUCUUCAGCCUGAACACUUGCCACGUUCACAAGCCAUGCUAGCUGAUAAAUCAAGAAAGGAUUCUCUUGUAAAACAUGCAGGUCCGCUCAACAUAGAAGUUUAACAUUGCUACAAGAGAUUGUGAUCUCAAGCGCCCCUAUCCUUCUUCCAUUCAACUUAAGUUGACUUCAGCAGAGCGAUAGUUUAAACCGCCUAGACCGGAGGUGGUCUGUUGUCUGAGGGAUACAGGUAGGCUUCUCCUGGAAAGAUGACACGAUUUACCCUGUAAGAGAUGUGGUCUAAUCAGUGAGUCAUGAAAACUCAAAAAAAAAAAAAAAAAAAAAGGAUUGCUUAACCUGAAUUCUAAACUGAAAUAAUAACUGAACCAUUUUAUGGUUUACUUUACACACAAAAUCCACAACCUGGAAUAUGUUUGCAAUACUUUUCCUUCAGGAAGCAACUGCCAUGUAGGUCAUCAAUCACCUGUCUUUAAAAAGCUCUCAGGCAUAACCAGACCUCUUUAGCUAUUUCUACAAAGAAAUGUCUCAGUAUGUGGAUUACAUGAAUAGCAGUAGGAAGUGUUUGUUACAGGGGUGUUAAAAUGAGGCAUGUAUAAAUAUUUGGUAACACUUUUGGUUAUGGUCUCAUUAUGUAGUUGCUUAUUAGCAUGCAUAUUACUAUCAUAUUGGCUGUUUUUAGUACUUAUAAAGCACAUAUUAAUGCCUUAUUAUGCAUAUUUUAGAUCCCUUGGUCUCUACCCAAUACCUAAACCUUAAUAACUAUUAAUAAGCAACAAAUUAGGAGUUUAUUAAGGCAAAAGUUGUAGUUAAUAGUUAGUUAAUGGCAGUUGGUCCCCAAACUAAAGUGUGACCAAAUACGGUCCCACUUUAUAUUAGGUGGCCUUAACUACUAUGUGCUUACAUUUAAAUUAAUCAUUUGAUACAAUGCACUUAUUGUGUACAUACAUGUUUUUACAUUGUACUUAUAUUUUAAAAAACACUUAUGUUAUUACAUCUGUAAUUCAUUUUUGUAAUUACAUUUAUAAUUACACUGUUGACCCAUCCCUUACACCUUAACCCACCCUUAAACCUA